AUGUCGGAUACAGGGAUGAACAAUCCACAACCUAUUGUUGAAGAUCAAUCUCUAGUAGAAGAAGCUAUUCUUGAACUUGAACCUGAAGUUGAUGCUGACCAUCAAGACUCGGGGGAUGAAGUUAUAAAAACUGAGGCUGACGACUUUCUUCAGGAUAAUACCAAUGUACUGAUGAUGGCUCUGAAGGAGCUAGCAUGCCAAUCAGUCAAAAGGGGACAACUAAGAGAUCAGAAGAGGAAAGGCAAGUGGGCGGGUAAUGUGUCUGAACUACCACUGGAGAAAGCACAUGCACAAUUGGAGCGAUAUCAGAACCUUGAUGAUGAAGAGACGGAUUCUGAUAAGAAACUUGGUGGUAAUGGAAACACAUAUUUUGUUGUGCCCAUACUAAUGGCACAUUCGAGUUCAGUAAGAGUUUCCUCAACUGCACACUGUUCCAGUAAUGUUUACGAGGAUCUCAGUGAUGAUUGUUUAUCAAAAAGUCAACUUGCUGUGGAAAAAAUUUCAAUUUCAUCUAUUCACCCUCUGACAGAUGGUUCUGCAGAAGAUUAUCUAGAUUCCAAUUGCAGCAGAGGGAGGUACUCGGGAACUGAUGACAUAAGUAAUGGAACAGAAAAAGUAAGAAUUCCGCUUGUUGAUGAUUUUGGCAAUGAGGAUGUUCUUGAUUUUACGUAUAUUUCAAAUACAAUUUAUCAGAAUGCAUAUGUGCAUGUGUCCCUAGCUCGCAUUGCUGACGAUGACUGAUGUUCAAUAUGUGCUGGAAAUUGUCUUUUAUCACAAGUCCCUUGUGUAUGUGCUCGUGAUACUGGAGGAGAGUAUGCAUACAAAAAACAAGGCCUUCUGAAAGAAGAGUUUCUGAGGUUAUAUAUUUCUAUGAACUUGGAGCCUCACAAACACUAUUUGUUUAAAUGUCAAGAUUGUCCUUUAGAGAGGGCUAAAAAUUCUUGCAAACCUGAACCAUGCAAGGGGCAUUUAGUCAGGAAAUUCAUCAAAGAAUGCUGGAGGAAAUGUGGCUGCAGUAUGCUCUGUGGGAAUAGAGUUGUACAGAGUGGUGUUACCAGAAAUCUGCAUAACUAUGAUUCAUAUUCGACUGUGAGUACUUCAGCAUAUUAUGUGAUUGUGUACAUGUAUUAUGUCUUGAGAAAAAGAGUUUUGAGGGAUGAGGAUGAUCUUUGCUUGGAUGAAACAUUAUAUGGAAAUAUUGCACGGUUUAUCAAUCACAGGUGCCAUGAUGGAAACUUUCUUGCAAUACCUGUUGAAAUAGAGUCUUCUGAUCAUCAUUACUACCAUAUUGAUUUUUUUACCAAGGAAAAAGUGAGUGCAUUGGAAGAGCUAACUUGGGACUAUGGAAUAGAUUUUGAUGAUCGAAGUCACCCUAUUGAUGUAUUUUGUCGAGGCAUGAGAAGAGAAGGUGAGUAA